CCGUCCCACUUCCCCUUCUGGUUCAGUUCCAGCUCAAACCUUUCAGCCGUCACCUCCCUGUGGUCGGGUGGUUCCGCUUCAGCGGGUCGCGGGGUUUUGAAUAAGGGCGUCGUCCAAACCAAUCAAACAAAAGAGCAGAAAAAGGAAGAAAAAGUGGAUAAAUAAAUGAUGGCGGUGGCCACGUGAGCGCGGAUGCGCGGAUAACACGCUUCACUCCGGAGCUGCAGGCGGACGGAGAGGAGAGGACGGAGAGGAGAGGACGCGGCGCGACUCCCAUCUUUGGAUCUGAUUGGCUGUCCGGUCUAUAGACUCCCAUCUUUGGAUCUGAUUGGUUGUCCGGUCUAUAGACUCCCAUCCUUGGAUCUGAUUGGCUGUCCGGUCUAUAGACUCCCAUCUUUGGAUCUGAUUGGCUGUCCGGUCUAUAGACUCCCAUCUUUGGAUCUGAUUGGCUGUCCGGUCUAUAGACUCCCAUCUUUGGAUCUGAUUGGCUGUCCGGUCUAUAGACUCCCAUCUUUGGAUCUGAUUGGCUGUCCGGUCUAUAGACUCCCAUCCUUGGAUCUCAUUACCCACGUAAAACCCUGAGAUCUGAUUGGCCGUGAUGCUGCCGGUCACAAAGGUGGUGUCCAUGACAAACCUGAGCUGCUCGCCACCACAUGCAGAGGUCCGCUUGCCGCUGAUGAUGCUGUACAGCACCGUCCUGGUGGUCGGUCUUCCUGCCAACCUGCUGACGGUCUUCCUCACCUGGUUGCAGGUGCGCAAGAAGAACGUGCUGGGAGUUUACCUGUGGGGGCUGUCGCUGUGCGACCUGACGUACUUGUUCACGUUGCCGCUGUGGGCCGACUACGUGGGCCGCGGUCACAGCUGGCGGUGGACUUCGGCCGCCUGUAAGCUCACGGGCUUCAUCUUCUUCACCAACAUGUACGUCAGCAUCUUCCUGCUGUGCUGCAUCUCCUUUGACCGCUACCUGGCCGUAGUGUACAGCCUGGAGGCGCGUGGCCUGCGGCGGCAGCGCCACGCUGCCCUGGUCGUGGUCAUCAUCACCCUGGUGGUGGCGGUCGGUCACACACCCGUCUUCACCAUGAAGGAGGGCGCCACCGAAGGGGGCUCCCACAGAUGCUUUGAGCCGACCCAGAGCAGCGCCACGGUGACAGCAUUCAGCUACGCCCGCUUCAUCAUCGGCUUCCUGCUGCCGCUACUGCUGCUGGUGGCGACCAACCGCAGCGUCCUGGCGAAUGUGCAGCGCAGCACUGGGCUGCAUAGCGGACAGAAGCGCCGCGUGCGGCGGCUGGCGGUGGCCGUGGUCCUUCUCUUCCUGGUUUGCUUCGGCCCGUACCAUGUGGUCCUGCUGGUCCGGGCCGUCCUCUACCACCUCCCCCAGCCUGAGGGCAGAACCUGUCUGCUAGAGCAGACCAUGUACACCACCUACACCAUCUCCCUGGGCCUGUCCACCAUCAACAGCGCUGUCAAUCCCAUCCUGUACGUCCUGUCCAGCAACAACAUUCGCAAGGAGCUGCGCCGAGGAAUGGCAGAGUUUUGCGGCCAGAACCGUCUCGGACAUCCGCCAUCCAGCAGCAGCCAGAACCAGAUCCAGCCCUCCAACAAGACUAUGGAGCUCAAUGUCUUGACUGAGACAGAGAGACACAGUCCAGGGACGCCACCAGGGACCUGAGAGAGCAGAAAACACUGGACCCAACUGGACCUUUGAGACCAGAACAUGAGCCCCGAUCAAUUAUUACUUAAACACUGGCAGGUAAAAACUCCCCCUUAUAAGGGAAGAAACCUGGACCAGGACCUGGAUCAUAAGGGGGGGGCCCUCCUGCUGGAGGCCAGCUGGGCAGAGCAGGAAAAGAGAAAACAGACAGAGAGAAUGAAGAACAGAGAAAGGAGAGACACAGAUACAAUGGCUAACUGGUGAACUACAUGGAUGAAUAUAUAAGCAGAUGUAGACAGCAGACACCUAGGUGGUCAGAGAUGGGGGGCAGGUCAGGAUGUCAACAGGCAUCUACCAGACAUCCACACAGGCAGGUGGAAGCAGCAGUGGGAUGAUCAGAGGGGGGGACUGCAGGUCAGCACGCAGCUCCUGAAGCUCUGGCCUGCAAACUUGCACAAACUACAAGAACGCUGGACAACAGUGAUGGUUAUGAAAUACUUAUAAUUAAUAAAUGAGAAAGGAAGAGAAGAAGAGGUGAAAUUGAGGGGCAGACCGGGGCAGAGCGUCAGUCUGGACGAGGAGAAAAUGCAUGAAGAAGGACCUCAACCUGGAUUCAAACCAGGGACCAAAUAUCAGCAUCCUUCCUCGCUCUGGAACGUCGUUCACUUCAGCUGACUAGAGAAACUGUCUUUGGACAAAAGAACUGGCUUUUAUGUUGAUAUGUGCAGACUGAAGGAUUUGGGUUUUUUUUUUUAUAAAACUACAAAAACAUAAUUUUAUAUUUAAUUUCUACCUUGUUUUUUCUUGUGGUGGACUACCCAGAUCCUUCUGCUAUGUACUGGUUUCUACUGAACCUUACUAGCGUCCACCGGAUUUUACUGGUUUCUGCUGUUUAUACUGUUUAUAAAACCAGAUCAGACCAGUUAGUUAGAUGGAUUACAAGCACACUUCUGUUGUUGAUAUGGAUAUAUACACACACACACACACACACACACACAC